UAUAUUCUUAUUCUUUUAUAAUUAUAAACUAUGUUUUCUUGAAUGAUAUUGAUAUAUGAUGAAUAUUUUUUCAAUUUAAACUUCCAAAAUAUUAUCAUUUCCCUUUUCACGCCGUAUCCGGUGUAAGCAUUUGUCAAAUCGGUCAAAUACGAAAACGGUUGGCAGCAGUGUGCCUUUGACACUAGCACUUGAAUGCUGUCUCCAAUUAGACAGUUUUGCUUUUAUUGUUGGUGUGUGACAAGCCGUGCGAGUAUCUGCAUCUCGCCGAUACUGUGGAAUUUUUUAAUAUACUAAACCGAGUCAAAGCGCAUCUCGGUAAUUGUUUUUCUUUUGGUUUUCAGCCAUUUUGUACCUUUCCAAAAUCAAACUAUAUAGUGAAAAAGAAGUUUAGUAAAACGUGUAAACUGUUUACAAAAAAAGAAAGAAAGGUAUGUUAAAUACUGAAUCAAAGCAAAUAAAAAGCUUGUGAGUUUUAUAUUGUAAAACUUGUGAAAUAAUGAAAAAUCAGUGGACGUAUGAACGGUGAGACAGUCGAAACGUUGGCAGGGCAAGUCGUUCGGUGCGUUUUAAAAGGCAGGCAAGCAUACUGUUCGCUACAAUAUUGCUGUGACUGAAAAAAGCCAUGUUCAAAAUUAAUACGAAAGCGGAUACGAAUGCCGCACAGAGGCAAGCGAAGACGACACCGCUCGUCGACGACUACGAGAUCUCCAACAAAGUGCUGGGCCUAGGAAUCAACGGCAAAGUGGUACAGUGCGCCAAUCGUAAAACCAAACAAAAGUAUGCGCUCAAAGUGCUGCUGGACAAUCCGAAAGCUAGGCGCGAGGUGGAUUUGCAUUGGCGUGCGAGCGGUUGUCGCCACAUUGUUAACAUAAUCGACGUCUACGAGAACACAUAUGGCGGAAAUAAAUGUCUGCUCGUCGUGAUGGAGUGCAUGGAGGGUGGUGAACUGUUUCAGCGCAUACAAGACAACGCCGAUGGCAACUUCUCGGAGCGCGAGGCCGCACAGGUCAUGCAUGAAAUCUGCAUUGCCGUACAUUACCUGCAUAGUCGAGAUAUUGCGCAUCGUGACUUAAAGCCAGAGAAUCUGUUGUAUACCAGCAAUGAUAAGAACGCCAUAUUGAAAUUGACAGAUUUCGGUUUCGCAAAGGAGACGUUUGUAAAGGACACACUGCAGACGCCCUGCUAUACGCCGUACUAUGUUGCUCCCGAAGUGCUUGGCCCCGAGAAAUACGACAAAAGCUGUGACAUCUGGUCGCUGGGUGUCAUCAUGUACAUACUGCUUUGCGGCUUUCCACCUUUUUACAGCAACAACGGUCUGGCCAUUUCGCCCGGUAUGAAGAAGCGCAUACGUACCGGUCAAUAUGACUUUCCAAACCCCGAAUGGUCCAACGUCAGUCAAGCAGCCAAGGACUUAAUCAAAGGCAUGCUCAAUGUUGAUCCCACCAAACGUUUGACAAUCGAACAAGUGAUCAGAAAUAAAUGGAUCGCACAAUAUACACAAGUACCACAGACACCGCUAUGCACGGGACGCAUGCUCAAGGAGGGUGAGGAGACAUGGCCGGAGGUGCAAGAGGAAAUGACGCGUUCAUUGGCUACAAUGCGCGUCGACUACGAUCAGAUGCACGUGAAAGCGCUGGACAAAUCCAAUAAUGCAUUGCUGACGAAACGGCGAAAAAAGUUAGAGGAAGAAUUGGCAGCACAGAAGAAAAAGUAAAUAGUUUUUACCAUGAUAAAAACAUUAAAAGUGUGUUGCCGCAGAUUUAACAAUAAUCAAACAUACAAUGUUGAAUUCAAAUGUGAAAGAAAAUUAUAACUGUAAAUGAUUGCACUCAAGUACAUAAAGGUUUCUGGCCUAUGCAAGGAUUGAUGCAGCAAAGUAAACUGCAUACUUAUAUAUGUACAUACAUACACACUUAGUGGAGCAGGCGAAAGCAUAAAUACGUAGAUGUUAAAUGGUUUCGGGAUGCUUGCGGAGCUUGUUACUACUAGCUACAAGCAAUUCAUAGCAGCUCUCGAAGAUUACGGUUAAUUUUUUUUGUUUUUUUGUUCAAUUGACAUAUGCAGCAAUUUUGCUCGUGUUUUUGUGUAAUUUUUACAUAAAUACAACAACUACAAUAGUAUUUACCAAUAAGUGCAUAAAUAAAUAAGCAUACAUAUAUACAGAUGUAUAUAGCAUAUAUGUAUAACACGUAAGUGCUCUUUUUCCUUUACUGUGUAAAAGCUUAGUUUUGUAGAUUAGAAUAUGCGCGUUGAUUGCUUAUAGCAAACGCUAAUUAAUUGAUUACUUCAUUGAUAAAUACUUGCAUACAUAUGUAUGUAUAUACGUAUUCAUUUGUAGUUCAUUAAAAUACGCUUAAUGUAAGCGAUUGCAAAACGAAAAAGUGAUUUUUGUGGCAAAUAAAUAUAUAUAAUAUUUAUGUAUGUAAUUAUAGAUUAAAACAUAUAUACAAAUCAAUUUAUUGCACGGAAAAAUAAUGACGAAGCAUUUUGUUUGAAGUUUUUUUAAUGACUUGAAAUGUUUACUUUGCAUUUGUUUUAAAUUUUUUAAAUACAAAUGUGCUUACUCCAGAAGACUUCGUGUGGACAAAAAAUUAACUGCUUUAUUGCAACGAAAAAAAAAAUUACGAAAAAACAGUAAAAAUGUACAAUAAACACGCAUACAUACAUACAUAUACAUAGCUAGGCCUCUUCCAUAUAUAUAUAUAUAUAUAUAUAUAUACAAUAUAUGGUAUAUGACAUUCAUACUAGGCACACAAUAGGUUUCUCUGCUAUUUUCGGUGCAUUUUGAUUUUUUGAGCUUUUAUAUACAAUUAUACACUAUUUACAUUAAGCUGUCCGUUAUUUCCCAAGUUUAUUGUUUUUUUUUUGCAAACGCCGCCAGAAGUUUCAGUUUUUACCCAAAAAUUAAGGAUCCAACGUAAACAAGCGCUUUAUUUUCAAUUUUAAAUUAUAUUUCUUUUCUCAUGUGUCUAGCAAGGGAUUUUUUGAUAUUUUGCAUUAAGCAAGGAAAUCUACAACUAAUACAAAAUUUCCCACUCUACAAAACAGUUUUUUGUAAAUAUUUUUUGCACAAAAGCAUUCCUUUCUUUGUAAAUUAUACGCAAUUAAAAUAAUGCAUUAAAUGAGCUGAUCGUUUAUACAAGCGAUUUAUAUUUACAUUCUGUGUUGCUCAUACGACAUGGUGUACUAUAUGAAUACAGUACAUUUGAUGCAUAACUUUAACUGCGUACAACUUUUAAAGUAAUCUUUUUAUGAAAAAAAUCCGCAAGACCUGUUUGUAGAAAAUAUCCCCUUUUUAAAGUUUUAGGUUUAUUUGAGUUUAUAUGGACAAAGUAAAAUUAUUAUGCACGGUUUAAAUUGAAAAUAAGGGGCUUGUUUACGUUGGAUUUUUUUAGGGCAAAAACUGAAACUGCAGCAGGCGUUUGCAAAAAACAAAACACAACUUGGGAAAUAACGCGCACCCUAAUGUAUUUAAAUAUAUAUAUACAUAAAUAUGUACCUUGUUAGUUACGCAUAAUAUCGAAGCAAGCUGCUAAUGUAAUUUCUUCGCAAAUGUACAUACAUAUGUUGCCUGUAUACACACAUAGAGACAAACAUAAAUGUAUGUAAAUGUAGGUACCUACAUACAAAAGCAAAAAAAUGAAAUUGUAUUGUUAAUUAAAAAUUGUGUUAACUCAUUGGAAAUACAUGCAAUAAUAACUUAUAACGAAAAUAAAACAAAAAUACUAAAAUUGUUGAGAUAAAACAUUUAAAGCCAAUAUUUAUAAUUAUUGGUUGAAAAUAUUAUUAGCGUAUGCAGAUGUAUUAAAAAAAAUUAAUAAAGUAUUGACUUAAUUUUUGUAAUGACUUCGUUUCCAACAAACAAUUUCAGCUAUCUAGCAUUCUUCG